UGGCAGAAAGUCAUAUCUAUUCGCUUUUCAUUACUCACUCCCCUCUACUCUGUAAUUAAGAUCUUUCCUCUCUCUUAGAUUCUGAAGUAUAAAAGAAAGGAAAAAAGAAGAAGUUUGGUGCUUUUUGAGAUAGUUUCGAUCUGAUCGCAGGGAAAACGAGUAGAGAGAAUGUCGACGCAGAGGCAAGCAGAGGAAGCUAUUGUCUCGAGCGGGGGGAAGGAGGAGGAGGAAGAGGACAAGGAAGAAGAUCAUUCUUUCAGUAUGAGUAACUUGCUCUGGCACGGCGGAUCCGCUUGGGACGCCUGGUUCAGCUGCUCUUCCAAUCAAGUUGCGCAAGUGCUGCUGACACUCCCAUACUCAUUUUCCCAGCUUGGGAUGGUGUCUGGUAUAGUGUUUCAAAUAUUCUACGGUUUGGUGGGAAGCUGGACUGCUUAUCUGAUCAGCGUUUUGUACAUGGAGUACAGAAGCCGGAAGGAAAAAGAAGGUGUGAGCUUCAAAAACCAUGUGAUUCAGUGGUUUGAAGUUCUGGAUGGAUUACUUGGUCCUUACUGGAAAGCAAUGGGUUUGGCUUUCAACUGCACUUUCCUUUUAUUCGGAUCUGUCAUCCAGCUUAUAGCCUGUGCUAGCAACAUAUACUACAUCAAUGAUCAUUUGGACAAGAGAACAUGGACUUACAUAUUUGGAGCUUGCUGUGCAACCACUGUUUUCAUUCCAUCAUUCCACAACUACAGAAUUUGGUCUUUUUUAGGUCUCGGGAUGACCACUUAUACCGCUUGGUACUUAACUGCCGCCUCACUCGCUCAUGGCCAGGUUGCAGAUGUACAACACACUGGCCCAAAAAAGCUGGUGCUCUACUUCACCGGCGCCACCAAUAUACUCUAUACUUUUGGAGGGCAUGCUGUUACAGUUGAAAUAAUGCACGCAAUGUGGAAACCACAAAAGUUCAAGUACAUAUACUUGGUGGCCACACUCUAUGUCUUCACUCUCACCAUUCCGUCAGCCUCUGCAGUCUAUUGGGCGUUUGGCGAUCAGCUUCUCAACCACUCCAACGCCUUCUCACUCCUUCCCAAGACCGGAUGGCGCGACGCUGCAGUCAUCCUCAUGCUCAUCCAUCAGUUUAUAACAUUCGGGUUCGCCUGUACACCACUCUACUUCGUGUGGGAGAAGGUGAUCGGAAUGCACGACACGAGGAGCAUGUGCUUGAGGGCACUGGCUAGGCUGCCUGUGGUGAUACCAAUAUGGUUCUUGGCUAUUAUAUUCCCAUUCUUUGGCCCCAUCAAUUCUGCCGUCGGAGCUCUUCUAGUCAGUUUUACCGUCUACAUCAUUCCGGCCCUUGCGCAUAUGCUUACCUACCGAAAAGCCUCCGCUCGUCAGAAUGCUGCCGAGAAGCCUCCAUUCUUUCUCCCAAGCUGGGCAGCCAUGUACGCUAUAAAUACAUUCAUAGUUAUUUGGGUCUUGAUAGUGGGGUUCGGAUUUGGUGGUUGGGCUAGUGUGACCAAUUUUGUGAGACAAGUUGAUACAUUUGGGCUAUUCGCCAAGUGCUACCAGUGCAAGCCGCCGCCCGCUACACAUCCACUAGCAGCGGCACCGCCGCCACAACACUAGCAAUUCUUCGACGACAAGGACAAAGGUUUCCUUUUCUUUCUUCUUCCCUUCCUAUCUUCAAUUUUUUUUUUUUUUUUUUUUUUUUUUUUUUUUGUAAUAUAAUAUGGGGAAGAGUAAUGUUUUCCCUUACCAUGUGAUGCGUGUUUUCUUUUAUUCCUUGGUUUUGGAAUAUUUUUGUUUAUUUAAUUAAGUGAGGAUAUAGAUUGUUGAAUUGUGGUGGGUUAAUUCCUUUGCUUUGUUAGAAGGUUUAUUAAUUUACAGGCCAUUCCAGUUCAGCCUAGUUCUUUUCGUUUUUA